UUUUGUUCUCGUCUACGUGCUUUGACGGGGUGCAGUUUGUCCUCAACACCAAAACCCUCCGGAUCACUUCACCUACCGAGGAAGUGAGCUAACGCAGCGAGCUGCCGGGAAUGUAUUGACGGUCGCUGGCACACAUUAGCGUGGUUUUUUUGAAUUUUAAAAGAUUAUUUAGAGCCAGAAUCGGCGGUGAUACCGACUGGAUAGUUAAGUUGACUGACGUUAUCGAGCAAACAGGGACAACUGUGGAACUUCUGUGUCAACAACAAGGCUGAAAAUGUCGGGAGAGCCACUUCUCAUCACACUGGCAACAGCCACGGGGGCCCCCGGUUCUUUCCCCGUGGUUUUGAAGAAAAUAAUGGAAAUGCCUCCGCCGAAUAUACUGGACGGCGACGACGACACCGACAAAGAAAAGCUGUGUCUGGGAGAUAAUGUUGACCUGGGUGGAGGAGACAGCGAUAUGGGUCCUUCAGCCGCCCUGACCCCCGCUAUCUGGGAGAAAACCAUUCCCUAUGAUGGUGAAAACUUCCACCUCGAGUACAUGGACCUGGAGGAGUUCCUCAUGGAGAACGGCAUUGCCACCUUGCCAGACGAGGACUCUCCAAAGGGCAGCCCAGAAGCAAGCACCAUGAAAACAGGGACAGUAAAGGCCACACAGAAAAAGGUUACAAAGCCAGCAGUUGUCUCCCCAGUGGCCCUUCUGCCCAUUCAGGAACUGGACAAGUGUGAGCAGGAAGUGGUGAUCCUCACCAAGGGCGACUCUGAUAUCAUCUGCGAUGUUACUACAGAGGUGAUCACUGAGGCAGGCAGGGUGACGCCUGAGCCCAUCAGCCCCGAUGAGAUCGAGGUGGAUAUCAACUACGAGCCCGAUCCCACUGAUCUGGUCCUGUCCAGUGUGCCUGGAGGCGAGCUGUUUGACCCCCGCAAACACAAGUUCUCUGAGGAGGAGCUCAAGCCACAACCUAUGAUCAAAAAGGCCAAGAAGGUGUUUGUGCCUGAAGAACAGAAGGAUGACAAGUACUGGCAAAGAAGGAGUAAGAACAAUGUGGCUGCCAAACGCUCACGUGACGCCCGCAGGUUGAAGGAGAACCAGAUCACCGUCCGAGCAGCCUUCCUGGAGCGCGAGAACGCGGCGCUGCGGACCGAGGUCGCAGAGCUACGGAAGGAUUGCGGCCGCUAUAAGAACGUCGCGAGUCGCUACGAAGCCAAAUUUGGGCCACUUGAGGUGGAAGAAGACCAAUAGGCAGCACUUGAUUUAUUCAUUUGUUUUUCUGAUGAAUAAAUAAAUCAAACCAGUGGGGAUGGUAUGUGAAAAUGCUAGAAUCGAUCAGACAAAGAAGAGGAGGAGAGCGUGUGUGAGGGCGUGAUGUUGCCAUGGAGAUGCAAUAGCAUGUAAAUCUGUUUUUUUUAUUUCUUUUGUUUGUUAUUUUUGUUAAUUAAUUUUAUUUACUAUCCAUGUGAGAUGAGUGCGAGCGGAUAUUCAAGUGCUUCUUCCGUACACUUCUUUUAUGAAGUGUACUUUUACGAUGUUUUGUAUGCCUUUGGCCGAAUGAGAUCAUUUGUGACGUUUAUUUUGGAGAAACUAUGGGAUUUAUUUUUACUUUUUAAAACGAGAUGGCUUACACUUUAGUAGCAAUUGCAAUAGCUUAGAUUACAUUUGUUUGUCGUUAUUAUAGUAUUGUAGAAAUAAACUGAUUUGCAGGUUGCUUCCAGUUCUUUCCACUAUGAAUUUUAAGACCCACCCACAUUUAUAUUUUCAAAUUUAUAUUAUGUGGCAGAUUAUGUGAAGAGCUGGGCUUUUCUAUGCCCACAGUAACUUUUGACUGUGACAUUUCCAAUAAUUUAAGCUUCUUCAGGGUAUUGCAGUGACGUGGCAAAAAAACCAAAAAACAGGUGGCCAUGUUCACUUCUCUUCGUGUACAAAUACUCACGACCAGCAGCACAGAGCUGUACAUAAAUGUCUCCGUGUGUUAAUGUAUGUCUCUCACAGUCGCUCCUGUGCCGUUUUUUUCACAGAGUAGGACUCCCUGCUUCCCUCCCUGCAGGUGCUCAACGUUGACUCGUCCAUUUCUGUCAGUAACACUUCAGAAGUGUUGCGUGUAGAAUCCACUGAUGCAUGUACUGUAAAUAGUUGUAGCCUAACAUACUUUCUAUACGUCAGACUCGGAUACAGUGCAAAAGUCAAAUUUUGGAACUACUGUUAAGUUUUAGAUGCAUAUCAAGCAAUUACAAUGCAAUUGUACAUUUAUUGCCUGAAUAUAAGAGCUCACAGUCUCUCUGGUGGGCUGGCUUUUGCCUUCAUAAUGAGAUGAUGCUAACAGGGCUUUAAUUAGUGACUCACCGAAGGCAGUUGGAGGUGAAGUGUGCUAGCAUCAGCUGCGAGGCCAAUAUGAAGCAUGUUGUCUGCUGGUUAAACUUAAAAUUCACAAUAUAUUGCUUGAAAUGAACAGUCAGUUAUUCAAAAACUUGACUGGGAGUGUAUGUGCAUUUAGAUUGUAACAACUGUGUUGCUGGACAAUUGUUUCAGUCUGUUCUUUCUGAGGCUUGUAGGCUGGCACUGUCUGUUGCCAAUGGAUGUUUUAGAAUUGUUUUGUUUUUUUGACUGACCAGGAAGCAUCAAUAGGUGCAGACUGUAUUUCAUCAACAAGGAACUCCCAGAACUCUUGAAGCCAUUUCAAUGCAGUGUGCAGUCUGACAGUUUACGGGGGAGGCGCUUCUGUUUAACAACCCAAAUUAGAGUUGUGACUUAAACCCAGGAUUAUUUUACUGUCCGGUUCUGACGAAAAUGGGAAACUGUUAUUUUGCUGCUGUGCUUCUAUCCAUAAAUAUAGUGAGUUUUUACCAAAAGGAUUCAAUGUUCAUUGUCUUUUUUUAGGGAAAAGUUUAAACCUUUUAAUGGUUAUUUUUUUAUCAUUACAACCUGCAGUACAUACAGCUGUCUGUUCUUACAUUGUGCUUUUUUGGUUCACAUUAACAGACAUGUUUAAUCUUUGUUGACCUUCAUCACAAGAUCUCUGAAGUGUAAUUAAAGAAGACAAUAAUUUAGAGUAAUUCUGAGCUUCCUGACUGGUUUUAAUAAUUUUCUAAUGCUUUCUGCUAUGAUACAGGUUGCAUCUGCCUUCUAUUUGCAACAGGUCAAUUUGUUAACUUUGAGGGGUUGUUUUUAACCUUCCUGGUUCCGUCUUUGUAUUUCUUUGUAAAGAAACAUCAUGGCAUUUUGAGUGUGGCUACUUUUUGUCUUGUAUAUACAGUAUGUAUAAAUAAAGCCUUGUUGAGAACA